AUGGGAACAAAGCAGUUAUUAAUGUCACGACCUGACCUCAUCGGAAAUCAUCUUCGUACAUUGGUUCCUGCCGUAGCACGCCUAAUUUCAGAUUGCGGGCAUGAUCCGGCAUUGAGCGGUCACCUUCGGUCUCUCCUACGUGUUAUUUGUUCCGUACCUUCUCAUGCCAUGGCCGCUCAUUUCGCACUUUUCGUUGCCCAUCUGCUUCAUGCCCUCACACAUAACGAGCUCGGGGUACGUAAUUUUGCCUUGUCGGUUAUCGGAUUACUUCUGACCACAUAUCCCAAAUUGUGCAGCAGCAGUGCGGACCUCUUCACAGCAUUCGUGAAAUUCCUUGGAAGCUCUCGGAGACCGGCUUGGAAUUUCCCACGCUUCCUGGAGAUCAUCGAAGCAUUCAUCAAGGCGUACGUUGUCGACAAGACUAAUCUAGGACACUCGUGCGAAGCAGUCCAGUUGAACAUGUCCAAUGGCGAGAUUUCAUCCAAAAUAGAUAUUGUGAAAAUUUUUCUUGAGAUGGUAACAAAGAAGAAAGCAAAGAAGAAUGCGGACUUCAAGAAAGUAAAGCUGAAGGUUGGCAAGAAGCUCAAGAAGACAACAACUACAGAUACCACUAUAACAACGAAAAAGGUCGUUUUGAUCUCUCAGUUACAAGUGAAGAACGUAACGUCGGACAAACCGCUGUCUUACCGUGGCUUGUCCUUGGAAGAACUGUGCAAGCAGCUAGGUCACUUCAACAAG